CCGCUGUUAGGCAACUUCAACGAUGUACAAUGAAGUAGUAUAGAAGACUAGAAGUAUACCAUGUUCAUUGUUUGAGCGCCUCUGUGUGUGAUUUUUAUUAUCUUUGAAUUUCGUGCAAUGGAUUAUGGUUUACCUGUGCCGCUUGGGAGAGUGCGUAAAGUGUAUAAGUCGGAGAGUGAAAAGAAGUUAUAGGAAAUAUUCACGUACUUUCAUGGAGAACUUGUUCUGUGGGAAAGUGGACGUGAUAUGACACGAAGUAUUGUGCUGUUACCCUGUCGAAGACCGCGAAGGAAUUUACAAUUUUCUGGUAAUGGAUGUAAGAGCAAAGUAGUGGAUUCCUCAUACAUCAUUUUCAUCAGGCAUUGUCUAACUUCGAUUUGGUGGUGUUCUUAAUAAACCGUGUUGUGUGUACUGACAGUCAUCGGCACAAGGAGCUGAGUAUGUGGCUAUUGCGGUUCUGAUGGGUGACCUUCUGGAGCGGAGGCGGCUUUGGGUGGCAUCUUCAAUAUUCUCAUGGAUGGGUGGAAUGCUGAAACCUCAGUUUUGUUUAAGUUGAAGUCUGCAUGUUGGAUUUUCAUGGCGUCCGUGUCUGGGAUGUCGUGGAUAUACAGAUUAAGCAGAAUGUGGGCAACAACUAAUCACUAAGGAAGAAAAGUACAUUUAUGGAGAAUUGAAAUGUGGAACUUUCCCAUGAUUUGUUACAGCAACAGAUUUGAGGACAAGCAGUUUCUAUAGAAGCUGUGUCUAUUGAAACUGAAUGUUAUAAUGUGUAGCUGUCAAUGAUUGAGAUGUGGAAGGAAGUUUUGAAGGAACUGGUAGUGUAAAUUGUCUGAAUGAUUAACAUACAUAAAGGAGCUCAAUACUUCAUUCCUAUAUUUUCAUUUCUACGGUUUCUUAAAAGGGGAGCAAGCCCUGCAAGGGAGGGUAGCAGAAUGCUGGGCACCCCUCCAUCAUCUUGCCCCAUACGCCUGUGUGGAGUCACAGGAUAUGAUGGACGUGUAAACGAUAUCAUCUACUGUCAUCCACUUGUCAAAGCAGAAAAUAAUACUGCAGUUGUCUACUUUGGUGGCGAUGUUCAGGAUUUUCCAGAAAUUAUGGAGAACCACAGGGAAAACAAAAAUUAUGUAAAGUGGAAUCUUGAAAACACUGCAGUGCUGCUCCAAUCAUAUUUUCCUGAGAGCCAUGUUGUUGUUGUGCGGCCAUCUAGAUUGGCUACACCUAAACUUGCAACAUUCAUGGAUAUUGUCUCAGCAGACAUGGAUCAAAACAGAAUGGAGUUUAAGACAUUCAGCUGCUAUGACAAUUUUGUGCCUUGCAACAACAGUGGUGCUCCUGAUCACACUCCAACGCAUCAUGCUCUCCAACAUCUUGAACGUUUAUUACAAGGUGUAUCACAGCGACUUCGAAAUGUUAAUCCCGCACAACUUGCAAGUGCUGGAAGCCCAACAGCAAGUGUGGAAAAGGAGUCUAAAGAAAAUGAAGAGAACACACCUCCAUUGUGGUGGCAAGAAGGAAUCAAUUUGGAUAAAGCUAGUAUUAUUCUUAUAGGAUUCAGCAAAGGGUGUGUUGUUUUAAACCAAUUUAUUUAUGAAUUUCAUUAUUUAAAGACCCUAACACCUGAUGAUGACACGAUGAUGAGAAUUGUGACCAGAAUACAAGAUAUGUACUGGUUAGAUGGAGGCCAUGCUGGGGGUAAAAACACUUGGAUUACUUCAAGGAGCCUGUUGGAAACAUUGACCAGACUGGGUAUAGGCAUUCACAUCCAUGUAACUCCUUAUCAAGUGAAUGAUGACCGAAGACCCUGGAUAAGAAAGGAAGAAAAGACUUUUGGUGACUUACUAAGACGACUGGGAGCACCUGUUCAUAGAACUCUACACUUUGAAAAUCAAGUUGCAAGUUUGUGCACACAUUUUGAGGUCCUUUCUGUGUUUCGACAGACAGAUUAGUGAAGCAGUUUUACCUACAUUGCACGCUGUUAUGAAUGCAGACUGAUAUUGGUGUUAUACCUUUGAUACAAAUUGAUGAAAUGCCUUUCAGAUUCAGAAAGAGGUAAAGAACUUCAUUUGCCUUUAGUUAUGGCAUUGCACAUGAUGCCAGUUUUUUCAUUAAAUUAGAUGGCAAAGGGUAACACAGUGUUCAAGAGAAGAGAAUAGUGUACAAACAGUGAAUUGCUGUGGAAGAACAUUAUUGUUCUUGUUGUUAUAAGACAACUUCAUGGUGCAAUUUAGUGUGUGAUAAGACAGUUUAAGUUAUAAAAAGUGCCAUGACUUUGGUAAAUGAUUUUGGUUUAUGAAACAUUGUGCUUUAUGGAUAUCUAUAAAAAUAAUACUUUCCAUUAUUAAUUUAAUAAAUGUAUCUGUCUGUACAGUAUACAGAUGCCUCUCAGACUUUCAAUGUAAAAAAUUCAAACUCUCUCUCUCUCUCUCUCUCUCUCUCUCUCUCUCUCUCUCUCUCUUCUCUCUCUCUCUCUCUCUCUCUCUCUCUCUCUCCACACACACACACACACACACACACACACACAGACACACACACACACACACACACACACUCUGAUUGAUUUUAAACUUCCUGUAGAGGUUGAAUAUGCAGUCAAAUCUGAAAAAAAAAAACUAACAAUUGAGAUAUAGUGAAACACAGGCAGUAAAAA